AUGACGCCCACACCAAUCGAAAUCGACCAACACGCCUCCCUCCGCUACUGGUCCUCCGUCCCUGCCACCGUCGACGGCAUGCUAGGCGGCUACCCCCAAGUCUCCCAGAUCGACCUUCGAGGCUCCUCCAAGUUCCUCGCCAAAGUCCGCAGAUUACUACCAUCAUCCUCUUCAACAGCCGCAUCGGAUGCGUCCUGUAAUUCCAGUCUCCCCCGAUUAGCGCGCGGCGUGGACUGCGGCGCUGGGAUCGGGCGGGUCACAACCGGGUUUCUGCGUAACGUCUGUGAUGUGGUGGAUGUUGUUGAGCCCGUUGAUGCAUUUGCGGCUGUUGUUCGGGAGUCUAAGGCGGGCGAUGGCUCGAGUUCCACGUCCGGGAGGAUAGGGGAUAUUUACGUCGUGGGGUUGGAGGAUUGGGAUCCUAAUGCCGGAUCGGAGGGUAUGGAUGCGGGGAAGAAAGUGUACGACCUUAUCUGGAUGCAGUGGUGUGUGGGCUAUCUGGACGAUGCGCAGUUUGUCGAGCUUCUGCGUCGGUGUCAGCGACAUCUAUCUCCCUCGGGGUUGAUCGUGGUAAAGGAUAAUGUUGCUAGGGAUGAAGACAUCCACCACAAGGAUGAUAGCAGUGUGACAAGGACCGAUGCUACGUUCAGGGCCAUCUUCAAGGACGCUGGGCUCAAUCUGUUCAAGUCCGAGGAGCAGCUGGGUUUCCCCAAAAGUCUUGGGUUGUAUCCCGUUCGAUUUUACGCCUUGCGUUCCGCAUCUGUCAAGGUAUAG